UCAUGCAGGAGAACUAUGAGAAUGUGACCUCACUAGGGUUUCUAGUUUUCCAACUUGAUGAGAUCUCCCAGGUGGAACAAGGGGAAGAACCAUGGGUCCCAGACCUCCAGGGUUCAGAGGAAAGAUUGAUCCUGAGAACUCCCUGCACAGCAGGUGAUGCAAUGGCAUGUGAGAAAGAGGAGCAGAAUUCUCAGCAGGAAAAUGUUGAGCAAGUGAGUAAAAACAGAGCAUUAUCACAAAGAUCGAAAAGGAAUGUAUCCUGGAGUCAUGAGCAGGGAAAAUCCUGGGAGAUUCAGCACAGACCAGAAAGAGAGCAAGGAAACCAGCCAGGGGAGAAAGUGGAUACAUUUAUUUCCUGUUGGGGAACUCAGAAGGUCGUCCUGGAAACCACAACACAGCAAGAUAUCCUCAGGCGAAAGAGAAAAAAUACAUGCAGUGAGUGUGGGAAAACCUUCUAUCACAGCUCAAACCUUAUUACCCAUCAGAGAAUCCACACAGGGGAGAGGCCUUAUGAAUGCCAUGAGUGUGGGAAAACCUCUUGGCACUCAGCCCAUGUUAGACAUCAGAGAAUCUGCAAAGGCGAUCAACAUUGUAAAAAUCUCUAGGGCUAUCAAUACUUUACUUUUCCUGAUUCCCACACAGUAACUUUUGAAGCUCUUUGAACUGUUCUGUAGCAACGUUAUCCCUCAGCUUGUCCAGAUGAGUGGCCCAUUUUUGCCUUUUGCAGUUCACUGUCUUUUGAGAUGGACCUAUUUGUCCUUUCUAUUGUCCUACAAGUAAUUUGAGUGUGCCCUUCCUAUCAGGAACCAGGGAGCAUCACAUUUAUAACAUUCCUCCUAUUGCAAAAUUAUUGUUCGUCACCAAUGAUACAGAUUGUAUCAUUGCCAUUUGUUCUCACGUUGCUCUGGGUUGCGCUGAAGAGCUGAUAUAUUGGAAACUUUUCAAAUUUUAUAUGUAAAUGAAGAGAAGCUGGGGAAAAAAGUGUCAUUUCAGCCUCUGUGACACCAGAUGGAUACAUGGUGACACAGAUUCCCUCCUUCCCCAUCACCACAGAACUUUUACCUUUUGUCUGAGACAUGCAGAGUUUAUCUUCAUCACAUUCUAUCCAUCCACUUCUCAAAAUGUCAUGUGAUGAAGCAUUCUCCAUUGUCUGCGCUUGCAGAUGAUGUUUUGACUUCUUUAAUCCUAUAUCAGAGUCGCUAUGACUGGAGAUGAAAGUGUCAAAGUCCUGGGAGAGGAAUUCAAAUGGAUCCCAAAUACAGUAUUAUUGGAGUUUAAAUCCCAGGUUCCAUCUAUUGUAAAGCCACUUGUGGCAAGGUGGCUGUUUUCCCCUCGUUAUGGGAAUGCUAGGAUACUAAAAAUGUUGUAAAUAACAUAACUGACUAUUGAGACAGGGAUGAAUGAAGCAGGUUUGAAUGGAUCAGAGGAGAAUGUGAUGGGAGAAUCUCUUGUCCUGAUUCUGAAUAAUCAGCUGUAACCUGCUCUGGAAUUUCACUUGACACUUUCUUUGUAACGUAUUCUCUCUAUGUGAUGUGGGUUUCUAUCUUUCCUGAAGGCUGUUUAGUCACCUGAUAAGAUAUUAGUUCAGUUUGAUAGGAUAUAGCUCAGAUUUAUUGGAGAAUUUAAGACAAUGACCCUUUGCUAAAGUCCUUAUUUAUUAUUUCAGCUUUGCUUUUUCUCCAUGAUGACAUGGAGAAAGUUCAAGUGCAGCUCUGUCAACAGGAGCAAACUCUCCAAUUUACUGCAUAUGCUAACAAAGAAACAGCAGUGAUUUAAAAUCUCCACUCAGAAAUGAUAAACAACAGAACACUGCAUAUGAUCACAGUGUAUUUUAAGUUGUUUAAGGCAAUAUUGUCUCAGAUGAUCUGGGAAGAGAAUUCCAUGGUAAGUGAUUCUGAACUAGGCAAAAUGCCCAUGUGUUUGGUUCCCAAAGCAUUUGUAACCCAGGCCCUACAGAAGAUCUCUCCUAGCUAAUCCUAUGGUGUAGGAAAUGCAGCCCUUCAUGACACACAUGUUGAGGAAAUAGAAGUGGAGUUUUUGUCAAAUUUAUUUUUUCUAGGUGCAUAAAGAUGUGUAUAAAAUGAAACUAGUGUUGAAAAUAUAUUAUCUUUGGGAAAAUAGCCAUUUUUAAUAGAAUCUCCAGCUCUGGUAACUAACGAAGAUUCUGAUCCAGGCCUGUAUCCAGUCCCUUGCCUGGAUCUAUGCCACCUGAGCCAUUCCUCAUUAACACUGCUGAGAUUUUAAGUGGCUUUGUAAAGGAUUCUACUUCAGAGAAGUGUAAAUUUACCCUAUCCAAGACCAAGGAUUUGGAAAGCACUGAGGUUGAAGGAGUCCACACCCAGUUCUUGAUGUCCACCCCAGUAAAGGAAGCUAUGGUGACCAGUGACCCAAGGAAAAUUGUUUGUACAACUCCACUUCCUAGUUCAGUGUCACUCAUUACAGUUCCAAAGGAUGCCAGGUUACAUUGAGAACAAUCAUCCUUCACUGUUUGGAUCCAAAGUGAGAGUGCUUCAUAGGACAGUCCUUCCCUGUGGAUCCCAAGCUGGCUGUCUGGUUGGUUAACAAGGCUUUUCAGGCUGUAGAAAUGAUGGUAACCAAUGAGGCAACAAAUUUGUCAGCCUCCAAUUUCAGACUUCUGGAUACUCGCAUGUUUGCUAUGGCUGCACCAUAAAACUGAUGUUGGUGCAGCUGCACCAAUGUAGCUGCGCUGCUGUAGCACUGCUAUUAUAGAGGCUCUAAGGCAAUGGGAGAGAUUUCUCCCAUUGGACUUGAUUAGUCCAGCCCCUGCAAGCGGCAGUGGCUCUGUUGGCAGGAAAAACUCUGCCACUCAUGUAGCACUAUCUACACAGAGGCUUAGGGCUGCGUAACUAUAUUGCUCACCAGUGUGGAUUUUUCACACCCCUAAGCAAUAUAGUUAUCCCAAUAAAUAUCUUUAGUGUAGACCAGACCUUAGUUUUCUCUUGUGUUUUAUGCAUUUACAUUACUUCUCUACCUCCUCCUACUUUGAAAAAUUAAAGUGUGACGAGAGGUAUUUUUCUCCAUGAUGCAAAUAUUCCCACAUAGGAGACCCUUUCCACCAACACACAUGGCAGAAGAUCCUGAGAUAUAUGAACUCAUAGAAGUAGUUGGGACCUACGUUGGGACAAACCACAACUUGAGCCAAGGUUCAGUUGUUGGCAAAAGGAAUUAAAAGAAAACUAACAUAUACAACAAGAAUUUAUGAUCUUUGAAUAUGUUGUUGGUACCAAUGAAAUUAUAGGUGAAGUUAUUGGUUAAAAAGUAAGAGACUGUGUGAUAAUCUGAAUUAUUUUGGAAAACUGAAAGUUGUCUUGUUUGUUGUUUUGUUAGCCAUCAUUUCCAGUAUGAUUAAUCUUAAAUGUUAAUUUGGUUUAAUUUACCCCCUGUAGUGUAAGGAGUUCUGGUAGAAAACCUCACUUCAAUGGUUGAGGUGAGAGAAUGUGUGUGAGAAAGAGUGUAUAAGAGAAUAUUGUCCCAGUAUAGAUUUUAAUAUUUUGUGUUUUCAAAUAGAACUUAUUUUGCUUAGUUUCAAAGUCAAUUUCUAUUAAAAGGAAAGCUACUCGA